UUCUUUCGUAGUAGCCUGUAUUGCGUCGAGGAGUAAACAUGGCUGGAAUAAAAUCAUUUUACGACAUCACAGCCAAAACGCUCACUGGAGAAGUGUUCAAGUUUUCAUCUUUACAGGGCAAAGUGGUACUGAUCGAGAAUGUCGCCUCUCUUUGAGGAACAACCACCAGGGAUUACACCCAGAUGAACGAGCUCUAUGAGCGUUUCUCAGACAAAGGGCUUGUGAUUCUGGGAGUCCCCUGCAACCAGUUCGGACAUCAGGAAAACUGUAACAACGAGGAGAUCCUGAUGUCCCUGAAGUAUGUCCGUCCUGGGAAUGGCUUUGAUCCCAAAUUCCAGCUUUUGGAGAAGGUCGAUGUGAAUGGGAAAGACGCUCAUCCUCUCUUCGUCUUUCUCAAGGAGAAACUUCCAUUCCCGAGUGACGAGCCAAGGGCCUUCAUGAGUGAUCCAAAAUUUAUUGUGUGGAGUCCAGUGUGUAGAAACGACAUCGCAUGGAAUUUUGAGAAGUUCCUCAUUGGAUCCGAUGGAGUGCCAUUCAAACGCUACAGCAGAAGAUACCUGACCAGCAACAUUGAGGGAGACAUCAAGAAACUUCUCAGCAUAGCCCACUAAAUGUUUAUUUGAUGCUUUAGUAUGCAAUGCAGUGGUUUAGGGAUCAAACAGGUGUCAAAAUAAAUCAAUAUUCCAGCUUCUAGGCCGUUUGCAAUGAUCUCCAUAUUUUUUACAUAGCAUGCUGUGCUCUCGUGUGCAUGAUUUUUGUUGUGUUUGGACAUUGACUUAAUGAAGAUGCUCCUUUAAACAUGCUUGUCUGUGGGGGGUAUCUGAUGCCAUUCAAAAGUCCUUACUGAACAGUUUCAUUUAGCCCAUGCUUGCACAACAUGCUUGUUGUGGACCAAUAAAAAAAAAAUUCUACUUG